UCCCUCCCUAAACAUGAGCGUCUGGUGGAUCUCCACGGCUCGGUGAUUGACCACACGUACGGUGGGGGCUCCAGCAUCGCUGUGCUGCUCAUAAUGGAGAGGCUUCACAGAGACCUCUACACAGGCCUGAAGGUAACCAGCAGACUCACAUAUCUACCAUGUACUCUAAUAUAGCUCUUCUAGCACAGGUCUACCUGAUCCCAUGCCUCAGUCUCUCCUUUUCCUCUCUCUCUCUCUCGCCCUCUCUCCCAGGCUGGUUUAUCACUAAAGGAGAGACUCCGGAUCGCUCUGGACGUGGUGGAAGGCAUUCGCUUCCUGCAUGGUCAGGGGCUUCUGCACCGAGACAUCAAACUAAAGAAUGUUCUAGUGAGUGAGGGUUAAAGGUGCUUUCUCCAAUUAUGCUGAAUGUGUAACACUAGUGUGGGUCAUCACAUUGUCAAAUCAUAUCAUUUCAAUUGUUUCCAUUGAUUUAAUUUUAGACUUAGUUCUAAUGCUGAACUGAGUUCAGCUGUGGUCAUGGCUGACUGGCCACAGUAGAAACUCUAUUAAGCACCACCCACACCAAUGAAUUCCUCAUUAUUUCAUCAUUCACAUUCCGCCUGUGCUGCUUAAUUGGUUAUGUAAGAAUAGCCCCUCCCUGCCUACACAGUAUGAUGUUUGGCGGUGGCACGAAAUGGCUGGGUUUUAAUGAAUAAACAAGUUGUAGGUGUGUCGAGGUUUGGCCCCUCACUGGCCAAUCAGAACAUGCUCCAUGGCUAAAUAUGUGGUUGCUUCAUAUUGUGUAUUUACGGUCUUUACGGUCUUCUAUGUAUUGCGUUCUCAUAAACUCAAAUUCCAAUGUUAGUCCAUUAUAGCCUAGUUUGUUAAAUAGCCUGCCCAUAUUUGCUAAAUAUGGUGAACAUGUUCUAAUUGCAUUGCUUCAAUAUGGAAAUACAUUGUUAAACAUAGGUUAGAGCAUUCACGCUGAUUUAGGGGCUAGGCAUACUGUAAAUUGCAGUCUGGACAUGCCAAACGUAGUCAUUAAGCAAGAUAACAUUCACUAGGCUAUUGAUAAGGCCUGAAAAGACAGUGUAUAAUUCUAAUCAAAUUCUGAUAAAAACUAAACAACUUGUUUUAAAUAGGCUAUGACUAAAUAUAGUUACAGGCACCAUAAUUGCUCCUUGUGGGCGUAUAAUACAUACAAGGCAACUUAAAAAGGUUAUACAUUUUAGUCAUUUAGCAGAAGCUCUUAUCCAGAGCGACGUACAGUUAGUGCAUUCAUCUUAAGAUUGCUAGGGGGGACAACCACAUCACAGUCUUGGUAAGUACAUUUUUCCUCAAAGUAGCUAUCAGCAAAGUCAGCUAGGGAGUUCACGCACAUCCAAACAUUUCACAGAAGCUGGAUAAAGAUCCAAUAUAAAGAGAAAGGGGGAAUGUCCACUCACCGUUAUACUGCUUGCAAAUGUAAUGUUUUAAAAACAUAAUGGAACCAUCUUACAGAUCAUAUUUCCACUUUUCCAGAAAUAGCAGACAAAAUGUCAUUGCAUUUGAGUCAUGUAUUUCUCACCAUAAACCCAUGGACGUGAAUCUUUCCAAGUUUGUUUUUCGUUUAAUUUGAUUAUAAAACAAUCUGCUUUUUAAACCAACAACAAUAUUUGUACGUGUGAUCGGGUCAGAAGCAUGAUAUCAUGAAUCGUUUCUCUUCCAUUGCACUGUGUGCUGCAACGUGGUCUCAGAGCAUUUCUUAUUAUUCUGUACGUAAAUCCGAGAUGCUCCAUUUAGUAUGAUAUGUUAUGUUUCCAUAAAAAAAAAAAAUGUUUCCUAUGGUACCUAUUAAUUUGUGGAUGUCCAUCACCCAUUUUGUAUGAUAUGUUACGGCUUACAAUUCAUAUUAUAUGUUACAAAUUUGCUAGCUGGCUAACGUUAGCUAGUCUAGGGGUUAGGAUUAAGUUUACGAGUUAGGUUAGGGGAAGGGUUAGCUAAAAUGUUAAGUAGUUGCAAAGUAGUUGGAAAGUUGCUAAUUAGCUAAAAUGCUAAAGUUGUCCUUGAUGAGAUUUGAUUCGCGACCUUUGGGCUGCUAGACAUUCACAUUAUACCAUCUGUCUUAUGCUGCUAGUCAUUCACAUUAUACCAUCUGUCUUAUGUAACCAUACCAAACGUAACAUAUCGUACUAAUUUGACUGUCCCGGAUUUACAUUUACCAUGUUACGUCUAGUCUGAGACCAGGCUGUGUUCACAAGUAGGCUUACAUGUCUUUACGUGUAACAUUCGCAGGUCUAUACAAAAUACUUGGCUCGUGUCAAUUGUAUCGAUCCCUGUGUGUGAGGCAGAUUAUAAAACAAAUCUGCUGUUGAUAUGGCAUUAUAGGAGGUUUGAAUAGUUUGGAGGAGCACACGUCUGGUAAUCGGAUGAGGAGUGCUCUUUGAAAAUGGGGAUGGAUAGAAUACUCGAACAAGCGAAAUGAAUUAUGCCAAUUUGUGAAUAGUGAAAAAGCAUGAGGGCAAAAACCAAAAAUAUUUAAAAGCACUCUCAGUAGACCAUUUAAACCCCCUUUCUUCAUAGACUAUUUGGCUAAUGGCCUGGUUAAAAAGAAGCACCUAUGCGAUGCUGCUAAACCAGCCUUGAUUGAGGGGAGGGUAGGCUAUGCUUGGUUUUUGAUCAAGUGAAAGAAAUCAAGUGACCUUAAGUGUAUGCUUUUCUGACUUUGUGUAUGACAUGAGAAAACAAUAUUUAUGGUCCUGACCUGUCACGUCUUGUACAUAUCUUGCCAAAAGUGUUCCUAAUGUGUUCCGGUCCUCUGGCCCUCCCUCAGUUGGACAAGCAGAACCGGGCCAAGAUCACAGACCUGGGCUUCUGUAAGCCAGAGGCCAUGAUGUCUGGCAGCAUCGUAGGAACCCCCAUCCACAUGGCCCCUGAGCUCUUUACAGGUCAAAUAUCCUGCUACUCAGUCAUAGUAUUGCAUCAUAGACCACCUCUCAUUCUAGGCUCUUUGAUUUAACCCCAAGUCUGACCUCUCUCUUUCUUCAGGAAAGUAUGAUAAUUCUGUGGAUGUCUAUGCCUUUGGAAUCCUGUUCUGGUAUCUCUGCACUGGCUCCGUCAAACUCCCAGAGUCCUUUGAGAAAUGCUCCAGCAAGGACCAGUUGUGGAAUAAUGUUAAAAAAGGUAAUGUAGAAUUCCAGCUUAAGCAAACCCACAGCUAAAAUACUAAUUCAAACUGAAUAUGAUCAAGACCAAAUAGCUUGUUGUAACAUUUGUCUUUUAUCCAGGACUUAGUGUGUCUGUGUAUUUUUGUGUUUGUGCAUGUGUGUGUGUAGUUUGUCUGUUGACUGAAUUAGGCUAGAGAGCUGCCAGGGCCUCAUUUGUGCCCAUGUUGUUUGCAGGCGCGAGGCCUGAGCGGUUGACCGGCUUUGAUGAGGAAUGCUGGCAGCUGAUGGAGGCCUGCUGGAAUGGAGACCCUUCCCAGAGGCCCCUGCUCGGCAUCGUAGAGCCCAGCCUGCAAAGCAUCAUGGUACGGCUCUGUAAAUGUGGCUCGCAUCAGAAGAGCAACAGCCUGGAGGACUCAAAC